GCUAAUUUUAACGUCGCCGCGUUGACUGUUUCGUCUUAAUGCCUUAUUGCGGUUUCCUUGCUUUUUCUGUUUUUCACUUUUCCACUUGCUGCGAGCACUGAAUUCAAUUUAAAUUACUUUACAUUGUGCCUUUGUACGCCUUUUUUGCCGUCCAGUGUGAUAAUAACAAACAAACAAAAAGAAAUAAAGCCAACCAGAAAGUGCCAAAGAAGUGCAGUAAAAUCGGUUGUGUGAGACAGGAAUUAUAAUUUAACCGUUGCAACACUUGAGUGAGAAGAACCGAUCUCGAAGCGCUGAAAAUGAACAGAACAUAAAGAUCAAAUAUUAGAAACAGAAUAUUUUUAGAAAUAGCCGAAUGCAUGACAAAUUAUGAGAUAUCUAAAGACGGUCAAUUAAAAUAGUAUUCGUGUUUGUGAUUUGUUUUUCUGCUAUCUCUCUGCUGGUUUUUGAUCGCCCGGAUCACGACAGCCUAAACUCAAAUCGAAAAAGCCAUUUUUAUUCACAUCUGAAGCCAGCUGAAAUCUUAUAUUCUACAAUGGGUCGCUGGGGCCGGCAGAGUCCGGUGCUAGAGCCGCCGGACCCGCAGAUGCAGAACACGCCCACACCGCCCACAUUGCCGCCUCGCACCUUCAUGCGGCAGUCGAGCAUCACGAAAAUCGGCAACAUGCUAAACACGGCCAUCAACAUCAACGGAGCCAAAAAGCCAACAAGUAAUGGAGAGGCGUCCUGGUGCUUCUCACAGAUUAAAGGCGCCCUAGACGAUGAUGUCACGGAUGCGGACAUCAUAUCCUGCGUGGAAUUCAAUCACGAUGGCGAACUGCUGGCCACUGGUGACAAGGGCGGUCGCGUCGUCAUCUUUCAGCGUGAUCCUGCCUCAAAAGCCGCCAAUCCGCGACGCGGCGAAUACAAUGUCUAUUCGACAUUCCAAUCGCACGAGCCCGAAUUCGAUUACCUCAAGUCCCUGGAGAUUGAGGAGAAGAUCAAUAAGAUUCGGUGGCUGCAACAGAAGAAUCCCGUGCACUUUCUGCUCUCGACCAACGACAAGACAGUCAAGUUGUGGAAGGUCAGUGAGCGCGACAAGUCAUUCGAGGGCUACAACACGAAGGAGGAGAACGGCCUGAUCCGUGAUCCACAGAAUGUGACGGCCCUCCGAGUGCCAUCCGUGAAGCAGAUACCUCUGCUGGUGGAGGCCUCGCCACGGCGCACCUUUGCCAAUGCACACACCUAUCACAUCAAUUCAAUUAGCGUUAAUUCGGAUCAGGAGACCUUCUUGUCGGCCGACGACCUGCGCAUCAAUCUCUGGCACUUGGAGGUGGUCAACCAGAGCUAUAACAUCGUCGACAUUAAGCCAACCAAUAUGGAGGAGCUAACGGAGGUGAUCACGGCGGCCGAAUUCCAUCCGACCGAGUGCAAUGUGUUCGUGUACUCGAGCUCCAAGGGCACAAUACGUUUAUGUGAUAUGCGAUCGGCGGCGCUAUGCGACCGGCACAGCAAACAGUUUGAGGAGCCCGAGAAUCCAACGAAUCGCAGCUUCUUUAGCGAAAUAAUUAGCUCCAUCAGCGAUGUGAAGCUAAGCAACUCGGGUCGCUACAUGAUCUCUAGGGAUUACUUGAGUAUCAAAGUGUGGGAUCUGCACAUGGAAACAAAGCCCAUUGAGACUUAUCCGGUCCAUGAAUACCUGCGCGCCAAGCUGUGCUCGCUGUACGAGAACGACUGCAUCUUUGAUAAGUUCGAGUGCUGUUGGAACGGCAAGGAUAGCUCGAUAAUGACCGGAAGCUACAACAACUUUUUCCGCGUAUUCGAUCGCAAUUCGAAAAAGGAUGUAACGCUUGAGGCGUCCAGGGACAUCAUCAAGCCGAAAACGGUGCUUAAGCCACGGAAAGUUUGCACUGGUGGCAAACGGAAGAAGGAUGAGAUCAGCGUGGACUGUCUCGAUUUUAACAAGAAGAUCCUGCACACCGCCUGGCAUCCGGAAGAAAAUAUCAUCGCCGUGGCUGCGACCAAUAACCUAUUCAUAUUUCAGGAUAAAUUUUAGCCAACACUCUUCACAAGAAACACCACAACAUACGCCACAAUCACACCAGCAACUAUAACUACAGAAACACCAACACCAACUACGAACACGCCUCAUUUUAAUGUUAAAGCAAUUGGUUUGUUUCAGAAGGGGUUUCUUCAAAUUUCAUUCAUAAUCAAAUUGUUUGCCUAAACAUCAUUACCUCAGGCCACUUUUUCAUCAUCCUCGCCGCCAUCCUUUCUCCCUCCCUUACCGCCUCCCCAAAAAAAAAAACCCAGAUUCAACCAACAACAACCUUACAUCAUACAUAAUGCCAUAGCAAAAGCUUUGUAAUGUAUUUUUGCGCUAAAUGCGUAUAACGAGAAACAAAAACCAGAAACUUAAGAGAAGGAAACAAAUUUUUAUACAUAACAUUUAUAAAUAGUGAAGCGUAAAUUUGAUUUCUUGUAGCGCAAUUUAAACAAAAAAGAAACCACAAUAAGAGUAAUGUUUAAUGAUAGCUAUUGAUUUUCCCGAAAAUUUUUGUAUAAUUAGCGCCAGCGCCGAAGUAUUUGUAAUAAAAGAUAAUAAUAUAUAACAUUAAAAAAAAGAAAACAAAAACAAAAACAAGAAAAAUCAUUAAAUACAUAUUGUAAUAUUUUUUCUGUUUCGCUUGUUAAGUUUACAAUGAAAAGUCAAGAAAACUAUAUAAGCGCCCUGUUUGCUCUUCUUUAUAAAUAUAUAGACUUAACACGAA